AUGGUAAAUGAAAUUCGUGUUAAACGUGCGUAUGUCGAUGCAUGUGAACGACACUGGUCUCAAAAAUCUUUGUCCAACGAUCAUACUAGUUUCAAUAGUUUAAAAGUGUUGGAUAGCAAAAAAGAUGGCAAACAAUAUUUAAAUGGUCUAGGAAAUAUCCUGAACUUAAGUGGUGCUGAUGGAUGGGAUAUGUUUCAAAGAACAUUGUGCUUCAAUAUUGAAUUUAGUGGUGCCAGUGCAACAGAAUUCAAACAAUUGGAAUUCAAAGUCGGUGGCAAACAUGGUAUAGCAACCUAUCUAUUGGUGGCAACAAAUGUUGAUUAUACUGAUAAAGUGACAGUAUGUUAUGCAUAUCAUCAUAUUAAUCAACGUAUUCUGGACUAUGGAAGAUUUACUCUGGAAACAGCUGAUAUGACACUUGAUUGGAUGAGAGCAAAAUCGUGUCAAAGUUUAGCAGCUAUGUUACCACCGAACAUGGCACCACAACUGAUUUAUGAAUAG